AUAUAUUUUAAAAUUUUAUUUCAGAUGUUUUUGGUUUAGAAUGGACUCGUUAGAUUUAGCGCUUGAUGAGUUAGGAAUGUUAAGCACAGCCACCAAGUACAAAAUGGAAUUCAUUCAGAGUAUUGAGACUGAUCUUGAGGAGCGAAGAGCUCAGUCCCUUAAAUCAGCUCGGCUCAAGGCCGGCUCAUCCACUGCACAUUCUUCCAGUUUUAUCUCGGAUCCAGAGCAGGAUGGGUUGGGUAAUUUCUCCAGGUUGGAUGGAUCCUGCUCCAGGUCUAUGGUUUAUAUGAUCGGAGAAGAUGAGAGUCAGAGAUCGCAGAUAAAUAUCAAUCCUUCAUUCGUUACGAAUAUCAAGAUUUGUAGUCCCAGGAUUCCGGGACGUUUUUCUAGUCAACGAUUAAAUUCUGAUAUUAUAGAAAAUAGAACUAGAAGCAACAGCAGGGAACUGCUUUGUCUCCGAGAUUGUGUAGGUCCCCGUUUUACUAGGAUUCUAAAUAUACCCUAUACUAGUCCUUAUACCAGGCCUUAUACUAGUCCCUACUCAGUGAGCAACUCGUCCCUCUCCUGCCCUCGCAACCCGUCCAACUCCUACCCGUCCCUCUCCUCUCUCUCCUUAACCUACCCCAGCACCUCCACCUCCUCUCCGGGCAGUACAACUAUCAAACUAUCUGGGGUCCUCACCUCAUUCAAGCACAGGACAUGGAAAACUAGGGCUCGAGUUCGAUUUUCCCACCGCGAGGAGAACACCGAGGACAUCAUCGAACAGCUCGCCAACAUCAAGCUUGAUAUAUCCAGUUUAAGUUCAAGUGAUCCAAACAGAAACUUGCAGUCAUUCGUACAGAGUAAACAGUAUACCAAGGAGAGAUUCCCGCGUUCCGGUCAUAUUCGCUUAGAACACCGUUCCAGAAUGCUCUCCCUAGAUUCUCGUUCCAGACUGCAACUAGAGGAGGAUGAACCGAGCUUGAACGGAGACUUGUCCUGUUCCUUAAACCAGCUGGACCUGGAGCAGAGUUGACCUGCUCAAUAAACCAGCUAGACCAAGAGUUGACCUGCUCCUUACCCCAGCUAGACCUAGAGUUAACCUGCUCCUUACCCUAGCUGGACCUAGAGUUGACCUGCUCCUUACCCUAGCUAGACCUAGAGUUGACCUGCUUCUUACCCUAGCUGGACCUGGAGUUGACCUACUCCAGGUGGACCUAGAGUUGACCUGCUCCUUAUUCUAGCUAGACCUAGAGUUGACCUGCUCCUUACCCUAGAUAGACCUGGAGUUUACCUGCUCCUUACCCUAGCUAGACCUGGAGUUAACCUACUUGGCUGGCUAGUUCAUCCAACUGCAUUAUCACAACAUUUUAAGCUCUUCGUUUUUAGCAAGAAAUUUUUGUAUUUUUAUGCUUUUGAUUUGUGAACCUUUCAUUGCAACACGGUUUAAAACAACGAUCUUUGGUCAUAAACAAUUUGUGUAUUUAAUUAAUUAUGCAAACAAAUGUUAAAACUGAGAUGCCUAAACCAGAAACAUUUUAAUGGUUGAAAGAGUUUGGACCGAUUGGAGAUUAAGUUAACUUAAUCUAUUCUUGGGAAAAUCCGCCGAUUGAUAACAAAAGAUUAACUCAGUCUCUUCAUCUAAAAGUUUAAAAGUACUGGAAUGUCAACCCUAAAUUUUUGUGGUUGGCGUAAAAACGAGUCCAAAGAUUUUUUGUUAAAACAUGGUAUAUUUACAUAACUCUUUGUUCCUACUUUAAAAGGUAGCUUCUUGUAAUAACUUUUUUUCGAAAAUAAAAAUUGCUUUUGAAAAAUUGAUCUCCAUUGUUCAAUAAAUUUUUCCAAUUUUUUUAA